AUGCUUAACAUUAAACGAAAUCCAAUGUUAUAUACUUUGAGCAAAAAAUAUCAACUUGAGGAGAAUUUGAAGGUUAUGUGGGUGAGUUAACAUGAGCAAUCCCUUAAUUAAUUAAUUAAUUACAGUAUCUUCUGCGCUUGGGUUAUCUGAUAUUUGGGUUCAUCUGCCUAUUCAUGAUUCUAAUUUUAUUUCCCUGGAAAUUGUUUGAUUUGAAUUUUGCUGAUAUUUUUUUCUAUCUUGACACAUGUCUAACUAGGUAAGAUUUAAGGUUCCUAAGGUCCCUAAGGUCUUAAUUUUUCCAGCGGCUCUCUCAUUUUCCCAUCGAUCAUGCUCUACAUUUUAUACAAAUUCGAGAAUUCUGUAUUUUUGCGCAAGAUCAGAUGGCUUUUCCGCAUCCGCGUUCCGCUUGCGGAUUCCGCGCGAACAAUUAAAAUAUCGCCAAAUGUUCAGAAUGAGACAAAUGUGUACUUUGAUCAGUUGAAGAAUUCGUGGAAAUAA